AUGAAUCUCCUUCAUUUCAUUCUCUUUGUCCUCUUGGGCUUCCUCGCUUCCUCUGCUGCUGCCAUCCCACUCCAGACGGUUGAUGUGGCUACCGGCAACAUUGGACAAGGUGUUGACCGUACCGCAGGUAGGGAGUUGGCAGCUCGUCAAGGCUACCCGAGCAUCCUGUUGGAAUACGACCUCAAGUGCGCCCUGGACCGAGCGAAGACACCCAUGGCGCCUGGAUCGAAGAAGGCGACGGACAGGAAACCCAGCAACCAGCCCUGGAAGUUGGACCCGGAAAACCGAGAUUGGCAAGUCCCCGGAUAUGUGUAA